AUGCGUCUCUACACGCGCCUCCGCGCACCACCGUCUACGCCGCCAAUCCGUUUCGCUCUCGGCCCUCCGUCAAAUUUAGUGUAUUUGAACCUCCCCAAUAAUUUCUUGCCUCGUUAUGCCAAGUCCAUCCCUAGAACUUCGUUUUACUGUAAUGGGCUCCGGCCAUUUUCGCAUACCUACAGCGCAACAGCUGUUAUGGAUCUGGCAGAGGAAGAGAAUACUGAUAAACUGAGAAGAAAUCUUGAGGCUGUGGGAUUAAAUGCUGAUUUUUGUAGGCCUGGACAAUAUGAUAUCUUGUAUUGUCCCAAGGUUUUUGCUGAUACCAAAAAAGCUAACCCGGGGGAGAGUGUAAAGCUAGAGAAGCUGAGUGAUGAGUUGCUUGCAUAUUUUGCUGAAAGGAUGAUAUCGAAGGAAACAUUGGAGAGAAAUAAUGUUAUGCAAGUUGGUGAUUGGAACACCAUUGCCUUUCCUUACAGACUAAAUGGCGAACUCGUUGGCUGUAAGUAUCGAAAACUAGAAAAAAGGUUUUGGCAGGAAAAAGAUACAGAGAAGGUGCUUUACGGGCUUGAUGACAUAGCUGAUUCGGACGAGAUUAUAAUUGUUGAAGGUGAAAUAGACAAGCUAUCUGUUGAAGAAGCUGGUUUUUUCAACUGUGUUAGUGUUCCAGGAGGCGCACCACAAACAGUUUCACCCAAAGAGCUUCCAUCUCCCGAUAAGGACACCGGCUUUAAGUACUUAUGGAAUUGCAGAGAGUAUCUCGACAAGGCGUCUCGAAUUAUACUGGCAAUUGAUUGUGAUGGACCAGGCGAUGCUUUAGCUGAAGAGCUUGCUCGUCGGCUUGGAAGAGAGAGCAGAGUUAUUUUCAUGGCGGCUAAGGAGUUUCUGCUGCUCAAGUCCUCUCCCGCUGCGCACGCGCGCGUGCUCUCGCUCCAUUCUUGUUCGCAAACGCGCUGCUUUCGCUCCAAUAGCAGGAAAAAUCUCUCCUUUUUCGCUAAUAAUUCGAGACCCUUCACUGCAAUUUAUCAGAGGGCCGCUUCUGGAUAUGGUUAUACCUCAUGUGCAGCCAUGCCCAUUCCCCGACCGAUACCUAGUGUUGGUGUGGAGACUCUUAAGUAUCAACCUGUAGAUGAAGGACAGCUUAUUGUAUUGAGGCGAAAGUUGAGGGAAAUCGGCAUUGACCCCGAACCUUGUUUGCCUGGGCAGUACCAUGGCUUAUUUUGUCCAAGUUGUAAAGGUGGGGAGUUAGAGGAGAAGAGCUUAUCUCUUCUUAUUGAACCAGACGGGGGGGCAGCAGUUUGGACUUGCUUUCGAGCUAAAUGUAAGUGGACAGGCGCUACCCGAGCGUAUGCAGAUGUAAAAUCGACUUAUGCAACAAUGAAUGCUAAUACGAGAGUGAAGCAGCCUAGAAUAAUCACAGAGGAGAGUUUGGGACUAGAACCUUUGAGUAAUGAUAAUGUUAUUGCUUUCACUUACCGGAGGAAUAGAGAGCUUGUAAGCUGCAAGUAUCGUGACAUGAACAAAAAAUUUUGGCAGCUCGUUAUGCAGGAAGCCAAUACUGAAAAAAUCUUUUAUGGACUGGAUGAUAUAAAACAAGCAAGUGAUGUCAUCAUUGUUGAAGGUGAAAUGGACAAACUUGCAAUGGAAGAAGCUGGCUUCAGAAACUGUGUGAGUGUCCCAGAUGGUGCUCCUCCGAAAGUCUCGGACAAGGCUUUGCCCUGCCAAGAAAAUGACGUCAAGUACCUAUACCUAUGGAACUGCAAAGAGUAUAUGGAAAAGGCAUCUCGCAUUAUUCUUGCCACGGAUAAUGAUGCCCCUGGUCAAGCCUUAGCUGAAGAACUUGCACGGCGUUUGGGGAGAGAAAGGUGUUGGAGGGUGACAUGGCCUAAAAAGAACGACACAGAAAGAUACAAAGAUGCAAAUGAGGUGCUUAUGCUUAUGGGCCCUGAUGCACUGAGGGAUGUCAUUGAAACUGCUGAGCUUUACCCAAUUAGAGGUCUGUUCAAUUUCAAAGAUUACAAUGGUGAGAUUGAUGACUACUAUCAUCAGUCACUUGGUUACGAGCUUGGUGUCUCGACUGGAUGGAGGGCUCUCAACGACUUGUAUAAUGUUGUGCCUGGAGAAUUGACAAUCGUAACAGGAGUUCCAAAUUCAGGCAAGAGUGAGUGGAUUGAUGCUCUGUUAUGCAAUCUAAACCAUAGUGUUGGUUGGAAAUUUGCACUUUGCUCUAUGGAAAACAGGGUAAUAUACGGGGAGCAUAUUGAGAGGAUGAGCGUUGAGGAGUUGGAGCAAGGAAAGAAAUGUGAGAAUGAUUGCCUUCCGAAUAUCGAGUGGGUUCUUGAUCUCGCAAGAGUUGCAGUUAUUCGACAUGGGAUUAAUGGACUUGUGAUCGACCCGUAUAAUGAACUUGACCAUCAACGUUCCCCUAAUCAGAUCACUGGUGAGUACAUGGACAUUGAUAUGUCAUCCCAAAACGAGAAGCGCAGAAAAUAGGUUAUUCUUAAGGUUCGAAAAUAGAUUUUUUUUUUUUUAUUAUGUAAUUUUAUAAAUAUGAGUCGAGUUCGAGCUGUUUUUCCAGUUUAGCUUGAGUAUCAGAAGCUCACGUUUGGCUCAGUUCGUUUACGCUCUACUGGACAACAAUGGAAGAGGUGAAAAAUCAAAAUGUCUGAGUAUUAUUAUUUAGUCCCAUGAAAAUUCAUUCACUCCAAAAGGAAAUGAAAUACAAUCUAGAGGGAUAUAAUAAAAAGAUGUAGAAAACAUUCAAGAAAAAAACAAAGACACUCAUAUCAAAAAAGGAAAAUGCUACACGUACAUAAUAAAUGUACAUAGAGG